AUGGGCCUGGGCAACACCUUCAUGCUUCCAGAUACAAAGCCAUGGAUCUGGUUCGAGGAGUUGUCGAAGCAUUAUGAGGCCCCGUUGAUCACGAUCUGGAUAGGAAGAAACCCCACGGUAUGGAUCAAUGAUGCAUGGUCUGCGUCUGAGCUUUUUGAGAAGAGAGCCGGUAUCUACUCUUCGCGGCCUAGAAUGCUGGUUUUUGCAGAGCUUGGUGCUGGGCAAUCUAAUUUGGUCAACAUGUACACUUGGACGCCAGAACAACGCGAGAGGUGGCGUGUGCAGCGCAAGCUGAUGCAUCAUGCUGUAGGGGUUCAGUCUGUGAGGAAGUAUCGCAGCUUUCAGAACGACGAGAGCAGGGUCAUAGCAUACGACUUGGUGAAGUCACCGGUAGACUACGUCAAGCACUUUGAGCGAUACGCCACCAGCGUAGUGUCCAUUAUUGGCUUUGGGAGAAGGGUGGAAAGCAACGAGGACCCCAUAAUCACCGAGGUCAUCGCCGUAAUGCAGCUGGCGGCGGAGCUCAACGUCCCCGGCAAGACGUUCCCCAUGCUGAUGGAGACGUUUCCGUGGCUGGCCAAAUUCCCCAACGCGAUCGCGCCGUGGAAAUAUGGACUCGGGAAGAAGAGAAGCUUCAGCUUCUUCUACGCUCUGGCCCAUGAAGCAGCUCACAAGCCUGGGCACGACGACUCGUUCGUCAAGCACCUCUUCUCAGAGAAGGAGAAAUAUGACCUACGGGAGGAGGAGAUCGCCGCUCUGGCGGGCAAUCUAUUCGGGGCAGGGAGUGACACAAGCAGCAGCACGCUGGUGACAUUUGUUCUCGCGUGCUGUGCGUUCCCCGAGACUCUGAUCCCGGCCUGGGAAGAGCUAGACCGUGUGGUCGGGCCUCAUAGGAGUCCGCACUUUGACGAUGAGCCGAAUCUUCCCUAUGUGAGAGCGUUUGUCAAGGAGGUCUUCCGAUGGCGCUCAGUGGCUAUUAUUGGGGGGCAGCCGCAUUCUCCCACGCAGGAUGACAGCUACAACGGGUGGCUGAUUCCGAAAGGCACCUGGAUUCAAGGCAAUGUGUGGGCGAUUCACCACAACGAAAGAGAGUUUCCGGAGCCCGACCGCUUCAACCCGAAGAGGUAUCUUUCUGGGGACCCCGACAACCGGCCAUUCCCUGGUGAGCGUGGGUACAUGACAUUUGGCUGGGGCAGGAGAGUAUGCUCUGGUCAGGCGCUUGCUGAACAAGGAACCUGGGUCACAAUUGCCAGGCUACUUUGGGGGUUCAACAUACAGAAGAAGAGACGGCCAGACGGCAGCGUCAUUGACGUUGACAUCUUCAACUACACAAAUGGUCUGAAUAUGCGGCCUCAGCCAUUCGAGUGUAGUAUCGAACCCCGAAGUGAGGCGAUUCGGCAAACAAUCGAGCGCGAGGGACGACAGGCACUCGAUGACCUCGAGCAAUACCGCGGAGAGUCAAAGUACAGAAUGUCGACAUUCUACCAGCGAAACGACCUGGCAAUGGAGCUCUACGGUGAUAAGAGUAAAGCAUGA